UAGACUGGCGUAUGCCGGCCAAUCUCUACCAUUGCACCAUUUAAUCCUCAGCGCACGAUAUACAUCAAUGGGUCUUACAAAAAUGCCCGAGCUACUUAUAUACCGAGCUUGGCACACCGAUGGGCUAUAGUUGACCGAGUACCGACACAUUUCGCAACUCGGGCCUGGCAAUAUGGCAGACAAGAAGUCGACCACGAUUGACGACCCCAUCAUUUUGGCGUCUGACUCUGAUUACGACUACGGUUCAACACAGAAGCGCGCCUACUUCACCGGCGACACGUUUGUAUCUGGAGGAGCUACAGAGCUGUACAAGCCUAUUCCAGAAUAUGAAGGCAUUCAUAGAUAUGACCCAACUGCCGAAUGGACGGAAAAGGAGGAGAAGAAACUAGUCAGACGGUUAGACAAGAGAAUCUGCUCUUGGGUUUGCCUCAUGUUCUUUGCGCUCCAACUUGAUCGUGGCAAUAUCUCACAGGCUCUGAGUGAUGGAAUGCUCGACGAUCUUGGCCUCAACACCAAUGACUACAACUAUGGAAUGAUGAUCUUUUACCUCUGCUUCUUGUCAGCAGAAGUACCGUCACAAAUGAUCUCCAAGAAGCUCGGCCCUGACGUUUGGAUCCCGAUUCAGAUGGUGACAUGGAGCAUUAUCGGCAUCUGCCAAGGGUUUGUCCAGGACAAGCAAAGCUUCUAUGCAACUCGCGCUCUGCUGGGACUGAUCGAAGGUGGAUUCAUCCCGGAUGCUCUUCUCUACCUCUCAUAUUUUUACACCAACAGGGAGCUUCCUAUGCGCGUCGGCUUCUUCUACUGCGCUUCAAAUGGUACCUUCAUCGUAGCCGCGUUUCUGGCAUACGGAAUCCUUCAUAUGCGCUCGGUCGGAGGUUGGGAAGGGUGGCGUUGGCUGUUUGUCCUCGAGGGCACACUGACGUUCUUCAUCGGCGUGGUGUCUUGGUUCUACCUACCACCUGGCCCAACACAAACAGCUAGUUGGUUUCGAGGGAAAGAUGGUUGGUUUACGGAAAGAGAAGAAGUCAUCAUGGUCAACCGUGUCUUGCGAGAUGACCCCGGCAAGGGAGGCAUGCACAACCGUCAAGGUCUCACACUCAAGCUCCUCUGGGAUGCACUUAUGGACUACGACCUUUGGCCACUCUAUGCGAUCAGUUGGACCAUGUUAAUCCCUACAAACCCCGUCACUGCCUAUCUUACCCUCAACCUAAAGGCCUUAGGAUUCGGCACCUUUGAGACGAAUCUGUUGACCAUUCCAGGAUAUGUUCUUUUCCUGGCGCACUUGAUCCUUAUCUCUUGGUACUCAGAGAAGAUCAACAACAGGAUGGCUCUCUUGCUCUACUAUUCCUUCUGGUGUUUUGUGUUGCUCUUGACUCUCGAGCUGCUUCCCGCAAAUGCUAGUCCUUGGGCGUGGUAUUCAGCAACAAUAUUGAUGAUUGGCUUUCCCUACAUCCACUCAAUCAAUGUCAGUCUCACGUCGCGAAACGCUGGCUCUGUCCGCACCAGAACAGUGGGUAGUGCCAUGUACAACAUGAUCUGCCAGGCAAGCUCUGUAAUCUCAUCUCAGAUCUAUCGUGAGGACGACAAGCCUCUGUACCGACGGGGAAACAAAGUUCUCCUUGCACUUGUUGGCUGGAAUGUGGUUAUGACAAUCUUCAUCAAAGGAUACUACAUGUGGCGAAAUAAGACACGAGAACGCAUUUGGAAUGCCAUGUCAGAUGGGGAGAAGGACGAGUAUCUAAGGACGACCAAGGACGAAGGUAACAAGAGACUGGACUUCAGGUUUGCUCAUUAGCGUUUCAUGAAGAAAUCAUAUAAUAGAACCAGAGUUAUCAUUCUAGAGUACAAAACCAGAG